UUUUUUCACUUUCUUUUUUUUAUUUUUUUCAUGACAGGUUUGUUAUGUUGGCUGCAGCUUGCCGUCCAUUGCCAGGAAGUGUCGUUCCCACUUUGGUCUCAUCAAAAUUCAAUGUUUCAAACAUAACUCAAUAGUUGAACAAAUCCGCCAGCCAAGCAAAGCUUCCCCUUUGUGUUGUUACAUAGUCAUAGCCUCCCCUUCUUCUUUAAAGCCAGAAACUUUGAUCUACUUUUUUUUUUUUUUUUCAUAAACCCUUCCCUCACAAGCCUAAAGUUGGAUUCUUUAUCAUCACAUCCCUCAGCAUAUUCCCAAGUCCCCAUCUUGGUUUAAAACAUCACCUUUUCUUUUAGUUUCUAAGUCUGGGUCUUUUUCAUUUUUACCUUUAUUCUAAUAAAUCAUUGAAUUCUGAUCCAGUUUCUUAGUUUUCUUUCAAUCAAAAUUCAGUUCUUUUUUCAGUCUUUGGUUAACUUGGUAGUAACAAGUAAAACCAGAUGGGUGGUUGUCUGACAAAAAGCAAAGACUCAAAGCCACAACACAAUGGCUACAUAUCAGGAGCACCAGCUGCCGUGCAUCAACAAUGAUACCAGGAACCUGUUAGGCCUGCACCAGCUGAGCCCCAAGUCCACCACAUCCCUCAAAAGCCAGGGACUCAAACACCUUGGGAGCCAGUUGCUCCAGCACCAAGCCCCAAGCCCCAAGCCUGGCCCCAGGAUGAUACAAUUCUUGGUAAGCCAUAUGAAGAAAUAACGAUGCACUAUACAAUUGGUAAAGAAUUGGGAAAAGGUCAGUUUGGUGUAACUUAUCUUUGCACUGAGAAUUCAACUGGGAAACAAUUUGCUUGCAAGACUAUAUCUAAGAGGAAACUAGUUACAAAGAAUGAUAAGGAAGAUAUGAAAAGGGAGAUACAAAUUAUGCAGCAUUUGAGUGGACAGCCUAAUAUUGUGGAGUUUAAAGGUGCUUAUGAGGAUAAGCAUUCUGUUCACCUUGUAAUGGAAUUGUGUGCUGGUGGUGAGUUGUUUGAUAGGAUUAUUGCUAAGGGACAUUAUAGUGAAGGGGCAGCUGCUUCCAUAUGCAGGGCAAUUGUAAAUGUUGUCCAUGCUUGUCAUUUUAUGGGUGUGAUGCAUAGGGACCUUAAGCCUGAGAAUUUCUUGUUGUCUAGCAAGGAUGAGAAUGCUCCUUUGAAGGCCACAGAUUUCAGGUUAUCGGUAUUCAUUGAAAGGGGAAAGGUGUAUCGGGAUAUAGUCGGGAGUGCUUACUAUGUUGCUCCUGAAGUAUUACGGCGUAGAUAUGGAAAGGAAAUUGAUAUGUGGAGUGCAGGAGUUAUAUUGUAUAUCUUACUCAGUGGCGUGCCUCCAUUUUAGGCAGAAAAGGAGAAGGGGAUAUUUGAUGCUAUUUUGGAAGGAGAAAUUGACUUUGAAAGUCAACCAUGGCCAUCUAUUUCAGACAGUGCCAAGGACUUAGUCCGCAAAAUGUUAACACAGGACCCAAAAAAACGGAUUACUUCUUCUCAAGUCCUAGAGCAUCCAUGAAUAAGAGAAGGUGGAAGUGCAUCAGACAAGCCACUAGACAGUGCAGUCCUUUCCAGAAUGAAGCAAUUCAGAAGAAUGAACAAACUAAAGCAACUUGCCUUAAAGGUCAUCGCAGAAAAUCUUUCUACAGAAGAAAUCCAAGGUCUGAAGCAAAUGUUUGCAAACAUUGACACUGACAACAGUGGCACAAUCACCUAUGAUGAACUUAAGACUGGAUUAGCUUGACUUGGAUCAAAGCUCACGGAGGAUGAAGUUCAGCAACUGAUGGAAGCUGCUGAUGUGGAUGGAAAUGGUACUAUUGACUACAUUGAAUUUAUCACUGAUACAAUGCACAGACAUAGGCUUGAAAGAGAUGAACAUUUGUAUAAAGCUUUUCAACAUUUUGAUACGGACAACAGCUGGUAUAUCACAAGAGAUGAGCUAGAAGCUGCCAUGAAAGAAUAUGGAAUGGGUGAUGAUGACACAAUCAAGGAAAUAAUAUCUGAAGUUGACACGGACAAUGAUGGUAAAAUCAACUAUGAGGAGUUCUGCGACAUGAUGAGAAGUGGAACCCAACAAGGCCAACUCUUUUAGAAUUAUAUGAUUGGACUCACAAAAAUCAUCAAAAAUUUCCUAAACGUAGUGCACAAUGGCUUUAAGUGAUCUUGUAGGUCUUCAUACAUAACUUUGUCUGGUUUUGUUUUGUCAUUUUGAGUGUAACAUAUUGCAUAUAGUUAUUUACUUACAUUUUUCGGUGAAUCUUGUGCCUGAUAUAUAACGGAUUUUGAGAAGAGAGAUUGUUUAAGCUUGAACAAACAAAACCAAGGUUGCAAUACGUAUAUUACAAGGCCGAAUAGACAAUCACAGCCACACAUCAGUUGAACCAAUUGCUAAAGUUCAUGCACCAAAGUGCAGUAUCGGCAUAGCACCAGCAAAGA